AUGAAAUUAUUUCAGCACAGAGAAGCACAAUGGUAUUGGAAAUCAAGACCAAAUACAUCGUCGAUAAAUGAAGAAGAAGAAUGGACAAGGUACUCCGAUAUUGAAUCAGAAAUUAUUGAAGAAGAAUUUGAUAAAAAUCCUAAUGCAGCGUUGGUGGAAUUAGAUGAUAGUUGGAUUGAUUUGAAAAAUUCUAUUUCAAUCAGCAAACGCGAUAACAAUACACAACUCCAGAUAAAACGGAUACCAAUAAAUAACAAUGAAACCCUUCAUUUGAGAAAAGAAAGGUUCUUUGCCCCACUAGAAUCCGAUAAACCAUUCAAUGAGUGGACAUCUGGGGGUUAUUGGUUUAUUCAUCAAUGGAGGCAGAAACAAAACCGAGACAAUUUUUCCUAUAGGAAUAUAGUUGAACAAGCAGCGACCGGAAUACUCAUAGAAGGACAUCAACUAAAUAAACAAUGUGAAGCAAAAAAGAUCGUCGAAAAAUUGCGAGAAGUCCAAAACAACGAUGAAGUAGACAUUCAUGAGUGUUGUAUUACCCUAUAUACAAUGCAAUCAUUUCUAUACACAUUAGUUAAUAAAAUAUUAAGAGAAAAUGACAAGACCAAAAUAGACACACUUGGCCCAUAUUGCUACUUUCUGUACUAUUCAUGGUACAAAAUUGACAAAAGAACGACCAUUGAGGUGUAUCGUGGGGCAGAACUUAAGCCACACAUGAUAGAGUACUACAAAAAAGCCAUUGGUACAAAAAAAUGUUGGUUCGGAUUUACGUCCACCAGUAAAAACAGAAGAAAAGCUCAAGACUUUGGAAACACAUUAUUCAUCGUAGACAUCUCGUUUUUGAGCGGCUUGGAUAUCUCCCAAUAUUCCAAUUUCCCACAGGAAGAAGAAGUACUAUUUCCAGCAGGAACAAAGUUUCAAAUCAACCACGUUGAAUAUGACGAACAACAAAAUAAACAUAAUAUUUAUAUCAAACUUCUUGCCAAAAAUAAUAUUCUUCAACAGCAACUUGACAACAUUGAUUCUAUGACAACAAUGAACAUGGAAAAAAGCGACUUUGACGACAUUGAUAUUGAAAUACUGAGCCAACGUAUCAAGAACAAUCAAACUGUAACUACUCUUAAUCUUACUCAUAAUCCUAGUUCUAAUGUCUACGACAGCCAAACAUCUGGAGCUGAAGCACUCGCCGAUGCUUUGAAAGUCAAUCAAACCCUUACUACCCUUAAUCUUAACUCCAACCAAAUAUCUGACAAAGGAGCUGAAGCACUCGCCGAUGCUUUGAAAGUCAAUCAAACCCUUACUACUCUUGAUCUUCCCUGGAACGAAAUAUCUGUCAAAGGAGCUGAAGCACUCAGCGAUGCAUUGAAAGUCAAUCGAACUCUUACUACUCUGAAUUGUCAACGCAACCAGAUAUCUGAACAAGGAGCUCGAGCACUCGCUGAUGCAAUAAAAGUCAAUCGAACUCUUAUUACCCUCAAUCUUUCCGAUAACGAAAUAUCUGACAAAGGAACUGAAGCACUCGGGGAUGCAUUGAAAGUCAAUCGAACUCUUACUACUCUUAAUCUUUCCUAUAACCCAAUAUCUGACCAAGGAGGUGAACCUCUCGCUGAUGCAUUAAAACUCAAUCGAAGUCUUACUACUCUUGAUCUUAUCCAUAAUCAAAUAUCUGACAAAGGAGCUGAACGAGUCGCUGAUGCAUUGAAACUGAACCGAACUCUUAUGACUCUUCGUCUCCUCGGGAACCAAAUAUCUGACAAAGGAGCUGAAGCACUCGCCGAUGCAUUGAAAGUGAAUCGAACUCUUACUGAUCUUUAUCUUUUCCAAAACCAAAUAUCUGACAAAGGAGCCGAAGCACUCGUUCAUGCAUUGGAAUUCAAUCAAACUCUUACUACUCGUAAUUUGUCCCAAAACCAAAUAUCUAACAAAGAAACUGAAGCAGUUGCAAAUGCAUUAAAAGUCAAUCGAACUCUUACUAUCCUUGAUCUUCACAACAACCAAAUAUCUGACAAAGGAACUGAAGCACUCGCCGAUUCUUUGAAAGUCAAUCAAACUCUUACUACCCUUGAUCUUCACAACAACCAAAUAUCUGCCAAAGGAGCUGAACGACUCGCUGAUGCAUUGAAAGUCAAUCGAACUCUUAUUACCCUCAAUCUUUCAUAUAACAAAAUAUCUGACAAAGGAACUGAAUCACAAUCAAAUCAAAACCAAC